AUGGCCUCCUCCGACUAUAACUACGAUGACCAGGGCCAGUUCUUCCCUUUCUUCAUGCUGACAAUGGCCGGCAUUGUCACUCUUCCUCUCACCUAUAAUGUCUUCAAAGCCUCCACAGAUCUCGAGCAGACCGCUGCGCAUGUGAAGUCAGACUUCAAGCCGAAAGAUGGAGAUUUAAUAGACGAACAGAGAAGAAAGCGGAAAAGAAGAAAUCGCAAGACGAAGCGCAUCAUUGCGAUGGUGUCGGGGUAUGCAUUCAUGGCGUACAUGACCUAUCUCAUUGUGAUCACCCAGAGAACCGUGCCACAAAUCUGGGAUCCAUAUGACAUUCUCGGUGUCAAGAGAAGUGCUUCGGAGAAGGAGAUAGACCGCUUCUACAAACGAUUGGCCAUCAAAUAUCACCCCGAUAAAGCGAAGCCAGACCCUGCGAAGAAUGAAACCAUCGAGACCAUCAACGAUCGAUGGGUGGAAAUGACCAAAGCAUACAAAGCUUUGACCGACGAAGAGAUACGGAACAAUUAUCUUCAGUACGGCAACCCGGACGGGCGACAAUCUACAAGCAUCGGUAUUGCUUUGCCGAAAUGGAUGGUAGAGGAAGGAAACAGAUAUUUCGUGGUCGCAUUCUAUGGCAUCCUGCUUGGAAUCAUCCUUCCUUACACCCUGGCGAAAUGGUGGUAUGGCACGCAAGCACUGACGAAGGAUAAGGUUCUUCAUGCCAGUUCUGGGAAUCUCUUUCGAGAAUGGAAAGAAGACAUCUCAGAAGGUGGGGUUGUGGCAGCAACUAGUGCCGGAGAGGAGUUCAAAGAGACACUGAAGGGCGCACGGAGUGACGCGGGAGCAGCAAAGGUCGAGAGCAAGGUACUCAAAAGCUCGAUGCUCAGCGAUGCAGACAAGGCUCGUCUGAAGUCUAUCGAAGACCCUGUGCGACGGAAGACGCUAGCCUUGCUUUGGGCAUACCUUGCUCGCAUCGACCUUGAAGAUGCGGAGUUGGAGCGAGAGAAGUAUGCGGUUGCACCAACUGCGUUCCUCUUGAACAACUCCUUCGCAUCAGUCACUUUGCCCUUCCAGGUCGUCAAGCCUCUUCUCUCUGCAUACCACACCUCACAAAGCAUCAUCCAAGCAGUGCCCCCCAACGCUUCACCUCUCCUACAACUCCCCAACUUUACGCCAGAACUGGCCGACAAAAUCACCGGGACCUCAAAAGAGCCCGUAACUCUUCAAAAGUUCAUGUCUUUUCCACCGUCCACUCGAAGGAGCCUAUGCUCCAGUCUCUCCGAAACACAAUACAAUCAAGCCAUGCAAGUGGCAUCUCAAAUUCCCCAUGUACAAGUCGAAAAGGCAUUCUUCAAAGUCGUUGGCGAACGAGUGGUUACGCCGGGAUCACUCGUCCAGCUGGUGGUGAAGGCGCGUGUUAUCCCUCCAGGGGCGAAAGACGUGCCACCCAUUGAUCCUCUCGACCUCGAGGACAUUGACCCUGAAGAGGGUGAUUUGGACGCACUACACGGCCGCAAACCGGCUAAGUCGAAACGCCGCAAGACGAUUGACGGAAAAGUCAUCGAAGACGAGUCGACCCCCGGUUCCGUACAGCCACCACUCGCGCACGCCCCAUACUUUGCAGCAGACCAUGCGCCGAGAUGGCAUAUUUUCCUGGCCGAAGCGAGAAGUGGGCGGAUCUCGGUUCCACCCUUUACGUUUACUGCAUUCGACAAGCCGAUCUUCAACGAAGACGGCACACCGACGUUUAACAUGUUAACGUUGAAGUGUCCCUUCCAAGCACCCCCUCAAGUUCAUGCGUUUCCAUUCGUUCUGCAUCUUGUGUGCGACAGCUAUAUCGGACUGGACUCGAAGUUGGAUGUUAUUCUUGAUGUUCGAAAUCCAAGCGAGGCGAACCAAGUCGACAGUGACGAUGAAAUCAGUGAGCCUGAUGAAGAUACGAUAGCAGGACAACUCCAAGCGAUGAAGUCAGGAGGUCUCUCUGGUGCUACAACCGGGUCUACGACAACGAAACGGAAGAAGAAGACGACGGCAAGUCAAGUUGACGUGCCUGUCGUAGGGUCUGGCAAUGCGGGUGCCGAAAGUGACGACGACGACGAGAGUGAUACCGAGGGCGAUGAGAGUGAUGAUACUUCGGAGACGGAUACUGAGACUGAAGAUGAGGAGUCGUAA